AUCGAAUCGAAAGUAGCUCUGCUCACAACUAUCAACAGAGUUUUGUUUACGCGUGUUUUUUUCACUUUCAAUUCAUUUCUGCGAGAUAAUCAACGAAUAUUAAAAGUUUUUAAGUAAAAUGACAUCUGUACAUUGUCAGCUAUGGAUGGGUAGCUUGGAUACGUAUAUGACGGAAAAUUUCAUAAUUGCCGCAUUUCGCAAAAUGGGCGAAGAUCCGACCACAGUGCGUCUGAUGCGUAACAAAUACACGGGCGAGCCAGCUGGCUACUGUUUCGUCAACUUCAUAUCCGACGAUCAUGCGCUGGAUGCCAUGCACAAGUUAAAUGGCAAACCAAUUCCCGGCACAAAUCCCAUUGUUCGUUUUCGUCUCAAUUCGGCGAGCAAUUCAUACAAAUUGCCUGGCAAUGAACGGGAAUUUAGCGUCUGGGUUGGUGAUCUCAGCUCUGAUGUGGAUGAUUAUUCGCUAUACAAGGUCUUCUCCAGCAAAUACACAUCGAUUAAGACGGCCAAAGUUAUUUUGGAUAGUUUGGGUUUUUCCAAGGGUUACGGCUUUGUGCGCUUUGGCAUUGAGGACGAGCAAAAGUCGGCGCUGUAUGAUAUGAAUGGUUAUGUUGGGCUCGGCACCAAGCCUAUUAAGAUCUGCAAUGCUGUGCCCAAGCCCAAGGCUGAACUCCAUGCUGCUUUGGGCAGCACGGGAACUAGCAACACCAACUAUGGUUACGGUGGCUCCUCCACAACGUCAACGACUGCUACGAGCGCUGGCACCGAUUAUUCACAAUACUACGAUCCAACGAGCACGUACUGGCAAGGUUAUAGUGCCUGGCAAGGCUACUACGAGCAGCAGGGUGCAGGUGCUCCUUCGAUCACCGAUGCUGCUGCCUAUUAUCAACAGGCUAUGUCCCAGUCCCAUUCGAACCCACAAACUCUUGCUCAACAUGCUGAAGCUUGGAGCGCCCAGCGUAGUGCUCAAUAUGAGCAGCAACAGCAAACUGCAUCAGCCGGCACAGCUGCAGCUGCCGAUGAUGACUAUGGACUGGAAGAGCACAAGUUUGUUCUGGAUGUGGAGAAGUUGAAUCGCGAAACCAUUGAUGCGGAUCGGCAUUUAUAUGAUGCUCUGGAGAGCUCAAAAUGGCUGCCCAUUGAACAACUAGAAGUGUUUUAAGAUUAGUUUUACUGUUGCAAUUUAAAUAAAUAUGUAAAAAAUA